AGGAGAGAGAGCAUCUUUGUCUGUGCGGAGCAGCAGCAGCAGCUUCCCUGUCCGCCGCCUCCUCCAUCGACACAUCUGAGCGAUAAGAAGACUAUUCUUUGUGAAGGCAAAGGUCGCACUGUUCCUCCGCCGCAUUCAUCUCUGGCAGCCGCUGGAUUUUUUUUCUCUCCUUCUUCUUCUUCCAUCCCUCUCUCCGCGUGUCUCUCUUUUCUCUCUGCCUGACUGGAAUAACCAAACCCCGUCAUCGCGGAGGCUCCGUCCAUGUGUUGGAUCGCUGGAUGCUGCACAGGAUGUUGAGAGGCUGAGGAGUAUUGGCGGCUGCAUCUAGGCUGCAUGCCUAGCUAGCCCAUGGAGAACUGACAGGAACAGUACUGGAUGGAGGCCAAGACAUUGGAUGGCGAAGACGAGGAAACACACAGUACUGUGGCUCACUUGUGUUAUUUGUUCUCUUUCUUAGCUGAUCCAAAGUAGAUGCAAAGUGUUCUGCGAUGUGCCUCCUUUGUUCACUCUGUCACGUACGGAGAGAUGGUAAAAAGAAUCAGGAUAGUCAUUCGAGGCUAAAGAAACAUGUGGGAUUUGCACUUGUAUUUCUGAAAAAUUGAAGGUGAUAACAAAAGAAGUAUAGACUCUAGAUAGCAGUUUUAUCCUCAGCUGUGUUGGAUCAGAGACAAUAAGGAAGCCAGAAGUUAUAGAUAGUAUUCAUCAUGGGCUGGGGUCAAGGCAAGGCUUCCUGGUUACUCUUGUUAGCUGGGUUGGUGCUUAGUGGAAUAGCUUUGGAGUAUGAAGGGGUUCCUGGUCAGUGGACACGCUACGGCCAGUGGGAUGCCAAGACAACAGGUGAGCUCAGCUUUAUUCUGAAAAGCAACGCCAGUAAAGCCCUGGUGCUCUAUCUGGAUGACGGAGGGAACUGCGACUUCCUGGAGCUCCUUAUUGCAGACGGGAGGCUCCAGGUGCGCUUCACCAUCCACUGUGCUGAACCAGCCUCCCUGCACACAGAGACACGCAUCAACGACCAGCGGUGGCACAGAGUCCUCCUCUCUCGCAAUUUCAGAGAGACCAGGCUGGUGGUGGACAACGAGGAGAAAGUGGCAGAGGUGAAGUCCAAGAGGAAAGAGAUGGUUGUGGCCAGCGACCUCUACGUGGGCGGGAUCCCGCCUGACGUGCGUCUCUCUGCACUGACGUCAAGCACAGUUAAAUAUGAGCCGCCGUUCCAGGGCCUUAUAGCCAAUUUGAAACUGGGAGAGGCGCUUCCACUGCUGCUGGACGGUCAAGCUGUUCAUAGUGAUUUGGAGUACAUAUGCGCAGCACACUCUCCCUGCAGCAACGGCCUGUGCUCCGUCAGCCAAGGAGAGGUCCUAUGUGACUGCAUCAAUACCAGCAGCAGGGGAAGGUACUGCCAUGAAGCAGCUGUCCAGAAAGAAGUGGAAGGUCUGGCGCACCUGAUGUUAAAUCGCCAAGUUUUUCGCCAAGGGCAGGAGGAGUCAGUGGCUACGUUUAAAGGCAAUGAGUUCUUCAGCUACAACCUGUCCCAGACACCCAUUCAGAGCAGUUUGGAUGAGAUCACGUUGUCCUUCCGCACCCUCCAGAGGAACGGCCUGCUGCUUCACACGGGGAAAUCCGCUGACUAUGUCAACCUGUCCCUGAGGAAUGGAGCUCUGUGGCUGGUCAUCAAUCUCGGCUCCGGUGCUUUUGAGGCCCUGGUGGAACCUGCCAGUGGAAAGUUUAAUGACAACGUCUGGCAUGAUGUUCGAGUGACACGCAACCUCCGCCAGGUGACGAUCUUGGUGGACGGCAUUCUCACCACCACGGGCUACACCCAGGAGGACUACACCAUGCUGGGCUCCGAUGAUCUCUUCUACAUAGGGGGCAGCCUAAACACAGCUGACCUGCCGGGCUCCCCAGUCAGCAACAACUUCAGGGGCUGUCUGAAAGACGUGGUCUACAAGAACAAUGAGUUUAGACUGGAACUGUCACAGCUGGCCGAACAGCAAGACCCCAGGAUCAGUAUCCAUGGUGACCUGAUAUUCAGCUGCGAGAACGUGGAGGCCCUGGAGCCGGUCACCUUUGACACGCCAUCUGCCUACUUGACAUUGCCCAGGUGGAACACGAAGAAGACGGGCGCCAUAUCUUUCGACUUCCGCACCACAGAGCUCAGCGGCCUGUUGCUGUUCAGUCACGGCAGCCUGCAGGGAACACAGCCCAACAAGAAGCCCAGGGCCGACUUCUUCGCCAUAGAGCUGCUGGAUGGAUUUCUCUACCUGGUCAUGGAUAUGGGCUCUGGCAGCAUCAAGAUGAAAGCCAGUAACGUGAGGCUCAGCGGUGGCGAGUGGUGCCAUGUGGAGUUCCACAGGAAAGGGCGCAACGGCUUUAUCUCCGUGAACAGCCAGAGCAUCCCCUUCUCCACUAAUGAAGGCAGUGAGAUCCUCGACCUAGAUGGGGACAUGUAUCUUGGAGGAUUACCUGAGGAUCGCCAAGCUCUCAUGCUGCCCCCUGAGGUGUGGACAGCCUCCCUCGGCCUUGGCUACGUGGGCUGCGUGAGGGACCUCUUCAUUGACGGACAGAGCCGCAACCUGUGGAGGCUGGCGGAGGUUCAGAGCGCCACAGGUGUCAGCAGCUUCUGCACUAGAGAGACUCACAUGCGGUGUGCCAAAGACACGUGUGCCAACGGCGGACACUGCAGAGAAGGCUGGAACCGCCACAUUUGCGACUGCAAUGGGACUGGGUAUCUCGGUCUGAGCUGUGAUAAGGAAGCCACCACGGUGAGCUAUGACGGCAGCAUGUAUCUGAAGGUGGUGCUGCCAAGGACGCUGCACACGGAGGCCGAGGACGUGUCCCUGCGCUUUAUGUCCCAGAGGGCCUUUGGGUUGCUGAUGGCCACCACGUCUCAGCAGUCAGCGGACACGCUGCGUUUGGAGCUGGACGGAGGCAGAGUCAAACUCACUGUGAACCUGGAUUGUAUCAGGAUAGACUGUAAUCUCAGCAAAGGACCUGAGGUGCUCCUGGUUGGCGAGAAACUGAACGACAACGAGUGGCACGCAGUCAAGGUGGCGCGGCGCGGGAAGAAUUUGCAGCUCUCUGUGGACAAUGUGACCGUGGAAGGCCACAUGACAGGCGCCCACACUCGCUUGGAGUUCAACAGUAUCGAGACAGGGAUCAUGUCAGAGCGGCGUUUCAUCUCCGUGGUGCCCUCCAACUUCAUUGGCCAUCUGCAGGCUCUCUCCUUCAACGGGAUGCUGUACCUGGACCAGUGCAAGAACGGAGACAUCUCCUUCUGCGAGCUGAAUGCUCGAUUCGGCAUGAGGCACAUUGUGGCCAAUCCUGUAACCUUUGUAACCCAAGCCAGCUACCUGGCCUUCUCUACGUUGCAGGCCUAUGCUUCCAUGCAUCUUUUCUUCCAGUUCAAGACCGCCAGUCCUGACGGCCUCAUCCUCUACAACACUGGAGAUGGCAGUGACUUCAUCAUGGUGGAGAUAGUCAAAGGGUACAUUCAUUAUGUUUUUGACUUGGGAAAUGGGCCGUCACUAAUGAAGGGAAACUCUGACAAGCCUCUCAACGACAACCAGUGGCACAAUGUGGUAAUCUCUCGCGACAACAACAAUAUGCACAUCCUGAAGAUUGAUGCUCGCACUGUCACACAACACACCAACGGAGCACGCAACCUGGAUUUAAAAGGGGAGCUGUACAUUGGUGGUCUUGGGAAGAGCAUGUACAGCAGCCUGCCUCGGUUGAUAGCAUCACGGGAAGGAUACAAGGGUUGCCUGGCGUCUGUGGACUUGAACGGAAGACUCCCUGACCUGCUGGCAGACGCCCUCUACAAGGUGGGGGAGGUGGAGCGCGGCUGCGGAGGUCCCAGCACCACCUGCACAGAGGACUCCUGCCACCACCAGGGAGUGUGUCUGCAGCUGUGGGAGGGCUUCUCCUGCGACUGCACCAUGACCACCUAUGGGGGGCCAUUCUGCAGUGACCCUGGGACCACGUAUAUCUUUGGGAAAGGGGGCGCUCUCAUCACUUUCACCUGGGCUCCCAAUGAGCGGCCGAGCACCCGAGCCGACCGGUUGGCUGUGGGCUUCAGCUCCCAGCAGAAGGACGCCAUCUUAGUGCGAGUGGAGAGCACCCAUGGGCUCGGAGACUAUCUUCAGCUGCAUAUAGAUCAAGGGAAAAUCGGUGUCAUCUUCAAUGUGGGGACAGAUGACAUCACCAUCGACGAGCCUGCUGUCAUAGUAAAUGACGGCAAGUACCAUGUUGUACGCUUCACACGCAGUGGUGGCAAUGCCACUCUCCAGGUGGACAACCAUCCAGUCAUUGAGCGUUAUCCGCCAGGACACUAUGAUAAUGAACGACUGGCUAUUGCUAGACAAAGAAUCCCAUACAGACUUGGUCGGGUAGUUGACGAAUGGCUACUCGAUAAAGGGAGACAGUUGACCAUCUUUAACAGCCAGGCGGCCAUUAAAAUUGGCGGCCACGACAAGGGUCGGCCCUUCCAGGGUCAGAUUUCAGGGCUGUAUUACAACGGUCUCCAGGUGCUCAAACUGGCAGCAGAAAAUGAUCCAAGCAUUCAGGUGGAGGGGAACCUGCGUCUUGUCGGGGACUCACUCUCUGUGCUGACCACUGACACAACGUCUGCCACCCCGCUGGCAGUCUCCGAUAUGUCCACCACCAUCAUGGAAACCACCACCACUAUGGCCACCACUACCACCCGCAGGCAGCGAUCACCCAGCUUGAGGGAGAGCAUCUCAAAGCCGCAGAACUCUGAUGAUAUUUUGGUGGCUUCAGCAGAGUGUCCUAGUGACGAUGAGGACCUGGAGGAGUGUGAACCAGGAACAGGAGGUGAAUUAGUGUUGCCUAUUAUAACAGUGGAUUCCCUUGAGCCCCCAUCCAUCGCCACCCGUUACCCUGUCAUCCCUCCUCCCCCUACCCUCCUCUCCCCACUUGAAACCACCAAAGAGUCCCUGAUACUCCCUCCUCAUCCCUCCUGCCCCCCGGACCAGGAGGACUGUGGUGACCCUGUGGAGGUCUCGGCCUUCGGCUCUGGGGAGAUGACGGAAUCUGAUGACGAGGACUUUUACAAUAAUAACUCCCCCAUGGUCACUGACAGGACAGUCCUUCCUCCACCUCCCGCCGCCGGUGAGGGUGGAGUCCAGAAACCCCGCCCCCUACCUCCUUAUGUUCCUACCACCAACCCUGACCAGCUCCACAUCCCCGCAGGCAAAAUGAACACCCGUGACCAGGUGCUUCUGCCCCCUGCUCCUCCAUCCUCCCGAAACACACCAGGACUAACUUACCCCCCCAAUUUUCCCCAUGUGCCCACAGCCAACCCCACAGUCUCUGAUGAAAAGAGCCAACCCGGUGCCGUGGAGGUGAUCAGGGAGUCCAGUAGCACCACGGGGAUGGUGGUGGGUAUCGUGGCUGCUGCUGCUCUCUGCAUUCUUAUCCUCCUCUAUGCCAUGUACAAGUACCGCAACCGGGAUGAGGGCUCCUACCAGACGGACCAGAGCCACAAUUUUGCCAACAAUUCCACUGUGGAGGGCAAUGGAGCAGUGGUCAAAGACAAAAGCACAGCAACGGCCUCUGUGGCCAAGGCAAUCACAAAGGGCAAAAAGAACAAAGACAAAGAAUACUACGUCUGAGAGUGCAGAGGAGGGGGAGUAGUUUGGACUGAGACAAGAGGAUGAGAGAGAGUGCUUUUGUUUCGCUCCCCGAUUUUGUCAGGUCGACCAUCAGUGAAAUUUCACGGGCCACAAAAAAACAGCUGCAGCCUAUUAGCGAUGAAAUCUUUGUCCACAAUAUGAGAUCUGACUCAUCCUCUGUGUCACAAGGUGUGCUCCAGUCUGCAUUCACAGAUUCUUUGUUAGUGUAUCAUUUUUUUUAUGUUUUUAACAAGCUGGAAGAAGCAUAUCCACUUUGGCUUUGUAUAUAGCAUGGAUAUGGUUCAGUGGAGAAAGUGCUGAGAACAAGACAGGUUUGCCUCAGUGUUUUCUUUGUUCUUUGUAAUGCUCUAUCUCAACAAGUCUCAAUGUCCCCAUUAUGAUAUAUGAGGCAAAACAGGCCAAUUAUUGAGUUUUUAUGGUAGAUGAGCAGAGAGAACCCCAGGAUUUCUGACUACAGUACAAAAGAAAACCUUUAUUUGGAUAAGACAUCAUCUCUGCAGCCUCCAUCUUAUGUUAUGUGUCUUUUAAAACUCCCCAGUCGCCCUGCCUCCGAGAUGGUAUUAUGUUGCCAGUGCAGUAUCAUAAAUGAAGCAUGAUGUCAAGCGCUCUAGUAAAAAAAUUACCGCAAAUUUAAAUGAAUUAUUAAAUCACUCAACACAUUCCUGUCAGUGAAGCAUAUAUCAUAAUGGAUCCGAUUUUUUUUAUGUGAGACAUCACAGUCAUUGAGCCAUGUCAUUCCAAGUAGGGAUUAUUGUGAACAAGUCAGACUACACCAGUGAAGGUAUUUCUCUGUAAACAUUGUUUGUAUGUACAUAUAGAGGCUGGCGGAUUGAAAAAGGAUUGUGUACGCAGGGGGAGUAGGUAUGGAUAGGAAAAACGACUUGAUAUCCUCGACCACCCCCCUUCAACAACUUUCACAGCAACAUCUAAAACCGCUGCAGCCCAAAAAAAAAAAAAAAAAAACUUCACAGGAGUUUCUGGGAACACAGAAUCACGUUUUGAGGAAGAUUUUCUCAUCGCUUCCUGGAAAGGAAGAACCAACCCUCCACAACAGUCUGGCUCACUCUUGAUCUUCUCCUUUCCUCGAAACUGUCAUGGGAAAAUUCAAAAAGCACACAUGAAAUGUAAACAUAUCUCUGAGACAUAGAUAUUCCUUGUAAAGCAGCCAAAACUGUAUUGUUUUUUUUAUUCUAUCAGUUACUAAAAGACUAUUCUAUGAGAUGACUAAUUGAAGGUUUGUGAAUUGUAUUGAUAUUUCUCUGAUAUUUCGAUGUAUCUUGUUACCACUCUUCUUAAAAAUGUUACAUUUUAGAUUGCCUUUUACUUCAAUCCAGAGAAGAAGCACACUUAACUCUGAUAGCUGCAAAUAUAUCUUUGUGUUUGCAUUAUUUACAGUUUGGAUUAUGCAGAGACAACACAAGGACGGAACAAAUUGUUUGAUUUCGUUGCAUUGUGCAUUUUAUAUGUGCUGAAUCUGUUACUCAAUGGAUCUGAUAAUAUAAAGCCAUUUUCUCUGUUGAGUUAUGUCUACAUUUACUUAUUCAUGCUGUGAUUUCCUGUUCUUCUUUUUUUUUUUAUGAAAGUGCCAUUCAGCGUGAGCUGCUCAGCGCUCAGAAAAUAUACCAUUCCUCACUCAUUGCUAUUGUAUAGUGUUCAUGUGAAAUUGAUCUUAAUAUGUGUACAGAACGUGGAGAUGAAAAUACACUUGAUUAUAUACUUUGUA